AUGGAUUCCAAUCGUAAUCCUUCAGGAGGGGAAAGCCCUCAACCAAUCACAUGGAUCUCCUACCUCUACACAUCUUUCUUGUACUAUUUCUGGCUGAUCUACGCCCGUUUACCACAACGGAUUACCGAUGACAAAUCAACGGAAGAGCAGAUCAGACGAGACGCAGACACGCCACGUGCGCAGAUAUCGCGUACUUCAGACGAAACGCAGACGGUUAGACAAGUAGCGGGCCUCGUCGCAAGCCUCCCAGCGCCAAAGGAUUCAUCAUUAUUGUCGUUGACGCCGCCGUCGUCGUUCGAUUGCAACAACUGUCUAACACCUCAUUCGUCUCAGAAGACUUGUUCCCCAACCUACGUCUCCAAUCUCUCACUUCGACUUCGAUCGUCCUCAUCGUCGUCAAAAAAGAAACCCUCUUCGACAUCUUCUUCAACUGUCUCGUUCCAUACACCAUCUCGCUCAUCGUCAACGUCUUCAGUAUCAUCUGAAUCCACCAUCUCUCCGAAAAAAGUGAUCGCCGUCGUUCCAUCUGGAAGCCACGUGUUGGUACGUGUUCCGAAACUCGAUUGGAAAACUGAAUCGAUUCGAAUCAAAAGAACGAGGAUGAGUGAUUGGUUGGAUGCAGAGCAGAGAGAUGUGAUGAGACAGUUCGAUGAGGUUAUUAGGAUAGAAGAGGAGGCCGAGGAUCAGAAGACGUCGUCGAGAGGAAAGAAAGGAAUUCUGAAGCAACAUUAUGGCUCGACGAGGAGUAUUGAGUCGAUUCCAUCUUCAUCGUCAAGGAGGAGUAAAUCGAAAGAAACGCCAGUCUUCGUGCCACCACCACCGCCACCAACCGACGCAAUGCCCUAUUUGCCACGACUCGCUGAAUUGAAAAAGAGCACUCCUGACCAAGAGUUCGGAUUCAAUCUUCAUGCCGAACGUAACCGUGGUCACUUCAUCGGAACUGUCGAUAACGGAGGAAUCGGACAAGCAGCUGGACUCGUGAUUGGACAGAGAAUCGUCGGAGUGAAUGGAGAACUGAUCUAUCCAAACACUGGACACAAAGAAGUCGUGUCUCUUAUCAAGAAGGACAACAUGAAAACGACACUUUUGGUUGCUUCAGAAGACGUUGACAAGUAUCACAGAGACCACAGUAUCCCGUAUUCAUGGGAUAAUGUGGAGAGAUUUGCACCAGAAAUCAAUGUGGAGACUUAUCAUGAGGAAGUUCCAGUUGCGAAGACCAAUGGAUAUGAUAUUCAACCAUUGAAUCCACAUAGCAUCCAAGUCAACGAGGAACGUGAAAUCUCGAAGAUGACAACCACGACGAAGACGGAGACCAUCUCUAGCAACACAGCCUCCUAUCAAUACAAGGAAUCCACCACAGCCUACGAUGCGUACGCAGCUCCACCAGCUGAAUCCGGAGAUCUCAUGGAUCAAGUCUUUGGAAAUGUCAGUCUUCCGACUGUCGGAAAUAGUGUGACCAUCCAUAGUCACACCGAGGAGCUACCAUCUGCAGAAGACGCUUCUUCCGUCUCUUCACUCUCUUCUCAUCGCGAAAGUGCCGUUGAUGUGCCAGUCUCGCAUCAGUACGUUCCAUCGUACGCAACUCAAUCUCAUCAACAACACGAACAACACUCUCAAACUCAUCACCACCACCAUCAUAGUCAACAACAGCCGUCUCCAUUGAGCAAUGGAUCCAGUCAUGGAUACGCGGCUAGCUCGACUAGUGGAUACGACGACGAUGACAUCUACCACUUGUCGGCCAGCGAGGCUCGCGAACGUCUUCGCAUGAAGAACCGAAAGAAUCAUUUGCACGAGAUGUCUCUCCACGAGAAAUACCAAAUGGUCAGCAACAUGUAA